CUUGUGACGAAUUGCAGUUUUCAGCCUAGGCGGCCUCUAUAUAAGGCGCCAUCAAUUAUGAAUACUCCCCACUCUUUCCCUUAACCCUCAUCUACAUCCUCGUCGUCUACUCCAACUCUCCUCCAUGUACUCGAGUGCCGCUGCGCGUGUCGUCGAGACAUACGAGAUUGCUUUCCGCAUCUUCAAGAAUGUCCAAGACGACGACGGGAACGCUGCUCUUCUGCCGAUCACUCUGGUCAACCACCAUGUGGGCUCCAUCGCGCUCGACAUCCUCUGGGAGGUGCAGGGCGACCUUGGCUCACUCCUCUUGGUUCUACGCGACCGUUUAAAGCGCACUCCAGAGGAACGAUUUACACGCGUGGUACAGUAUGAGCAUGGGAUCAUGGAGACGGAAACUCUGAAGCAUUGGGUUAUAUCACUGAAGCCUGAUAGCAACAACAAGAUAUCUCUGUCGCCAACAGAUUGGGAACGCCUUCAAUUCUACGCUCGCCGCAUCAAGGUCCUCUACGACGAACAACCCUACCCACCAUGGGUUUAUAGCCAUCACCUGCAUCACGAUACGCUGUGCGCGAUCCUCGCUGCCGGGGGAGGACAGGCGCUGCUCCCCAACCUCUACCAUCUGAACGUCGGACAGCGUGUGAUGCAACUUCUCGAGACAGCGAAGCUAUCAGCGCGCUACGUAGACGAAGGCGGCGAGCGCGUUCCCUAUGUUGGCCUGGUCACGCGCGCGGACGACGAAGGGCACAGCGAGUGGCUUCCGGGCAAUCUCUGCCGCCUCGAUCGGAUACGUUUCCUUGGGCUCGAACCCGACGAACGGCUGGCGAUCUUGCCUUUCCUGCGCGACCUACAGUCUCUUGAGGGGCUGCGGCUCAAGUUCCUCGACGUUGAGGCAGAAGAGGACCUACGCUUGGACAGCAAAACCGAGCGCGCGGUGGGCUUCACAGGCCUGAGGGAGCUUCACAUCACCAACCCGGUGCAGAUGGAGACCUUUGCGGCCACUCUGCACGAAGUAUCUACAGAGCCGCUGAAGCUGAAGGAACUACACCUGACGGGCUUUAGCCACCGCUCUCACGGCGGGCGCGCCACUGAAGAUGAUUACGAACUGUACAAGCGCAUCCGCGACACCUGCGACCACGACGCGCUCAAGCGCCUCAGCGUCGUCACGAACAGUUCCGGGCACAUGAACGAGCCCGCCAGAUGGAUCUACGCCGACCUCCUCGCCUUCCCCAACAUCACGCACUUCCGGCUCGAUAUCUGCGCGUGGUACUCCGACCCGACCGGCGCGCUGAAGAUGUUCACUGCAGCCUGGCCGCAGCUCGAGAGCCUCGUGAUACGCAACCAACUGUCGCUCGACCCGUGGGAGUCUGAGUUCAGCUUCUUCGACCUGGAGGACCUGCGGUAUCUCGCGCGGCGCUGCCCGCGGCUCAGAAACCUCCAGCUCGACAUGCGCUUGAGGUCCCGCGACAAAGUCCAUCCGCCCCUCAGCGGCCUGGACGGCGAGCCCCUGCUCAACAGGCGCGUGGCGCUCGACGUGGGGCCCCAGGACGGCGGGGUCCUGUCCAGCAGGAAGUAUUCGCGCCGUGUAGCUGACUUCCUGGCCAGUGUCUUCCCGUAUCCUACGUUGGAAUGCGUGUGCUUUUCGGAUGACUACCGCGAGGAGUAUUGGGAAUGGAUAGCUGCUGAGGAUAUGCGCCCGGGUCGAGAAACGGAGUUGGAAGAGGACGAGGACGAGUCAGAGCCAGAGCCUUACACCUACUACCGGUCAUGGAGCUCAGGCUCUGGCUCAGACUGGGAAUCCUCAGAGGAAGGCGACUCGGAUCGGGAAGACGACAUGAAUGAGUCGCUACAACCUCGCGACACCUAGCUUCCUUUGCAUACAGUGUUCAUAUGCUCCCUGCUGUAGAGUACACGUUGUCACAAUCCUGGUCACAGAGCCUUCCUUGGCCAUUGACUGCGGUGGCCAUAACCAGCCCUUAUUCACGUCAAAGACCAGAUGAUUGUCUGUGAUAGUGGUGUGCGACGCUCGGAGCUCGCUUUGACCUGUACAAAGGACUUUUGUUGUUCGCGUGUAUGUGUAUGACCGGCGUUGAGGCAACAUAUAUAAGGCGCGUACUGUCAUGUCGAGAC